GUUGCAUCUCAUUUUAACCACAGGAGAAUAAAAUGCUUCAUUCUUGCAGAGCAUACCUUUCAAGCCUCUCAGGACGUUUCCAGAAAAUAAGGAGUAGGAGUCAGGCCCUCCCACGGUAUUGCGCAUGGAGCAGCCAAUCUAAGCGAACAACUGCACUAGAGCGGUUUAAACCCGAGUUAUACUGGCACCGCACGGGCCCACGCACGGGCGGAGCGUUUAGACUCGACGCGUCAACGCCCACGCAAAAGUGCUUUAGCCUGAAGGUGCCAUACCUCGGUGAGGACACAGGAUGGCCGACUCAUCCCUCUGGACCUUUGCCAUUGUUCUGAUGUUUCGUCCGAUGUUAUACUCCCAUGCCAACGUCAGUGCCCUGCUCAAUGAGCCUGGAUGGACGUCUCAUUCAGGGGCAAAGUGUGGCUCUCCGCGGUUAGAGCCCCCAGCCGAUCGCUUUCUGAGGGUCGUCGGAGGAUCGCCGGCACUUUACGGUUCUAAUCCUUGGCUGGUGUCCCUGAGGUUCAGGGGCUCUCAUUUCUGCGGCGCUGCGGUCCUGACUGAACGGCUGCUGCUGACAGCGGCACACUGCUUCUCAGCUUCCUCAGAGGAGUUCCUGAAUGGUGUGGAGGCCGUGGUGGGCGAGUAUGACCAGAGGGUGAGGGACCAUGGCGAGCAGAGGUUCCGUCUGAGAAACGUGACCCUCCAUGAGCAGUACAGCAGAACACUUCCCAUGAGCUAUGACAUCGCCCUGCUGGAGCUGGAGGGACAUAUCCGCUUCAGUGACUUUGCUCAGCCUGUGUGUCUGCCUGCUCCUGGUGAGGUCUUUCCACCAAAGACCACGUGUCUCGUUGCCGGAUGGGGACGGACAUAUGAGAGGGGUCCCAGGGCUCCAGUUGUCCGCGAGGUGCAGUUGGAGCUGGUGGACCCGGCCGUAUGCAGACAUGUCCUGCGCACUCUCGGACUGAACCAGCGGCACUUUACAGUGCUGUGUGCGGGGCCGGAGAGAGGCGGCAGAGAUGCGUGCCAGGGGGACUCGGGCGGUCCUCUGCUCUGCCAGCGUACAGAUGGUCACUGGGUAGUGGUCGGCGUCACAUCUUGGGGCAAAGGAUGCGGACGCGGCUGGACCAACAACAGGAUGAAAGCGCCGACGUACAGAGGCUCGCCUGCACUGUUCACUAACGUUCCUGUGUUCACGAAGUGGCUGCUUAGAAAAGGGGUACCAGGCUCCCAGUGCAGUGUGGGAGAUGGAGUUCUAACAGCGACUGAGGGCAUUAUCCGAAACCCAGCUCAUCCGGGUCUGAACUACAGAAACAACGAGUUGUGCACAUGGUCCAUCCGUGUGCCAGAUGGCAAAAAGAUCCUUCUGGAAUUCCUGCAGUUUGACCUAGAAAAUGACUCCCUCUGCCACAACGACCACCUGACAGUGCUUGCAGGGGACAGCCUGCCUAUAGGGCGAUUCUGUGGCGCCGUGACACCAGCCCCACUGCUCGUUCACUCCAACAGCUCCACGCUCCGGUUUGCGUCCGAUUUCAGUGCGUCGGGCGCCGGCUUCUCCAUUCACUUCCGAGCCGUGGGGGAGGACUACGUUUCAGAGUCAGGCUGUGGCACAGUGGCACUGUUCCAAUCCCAGAGGGCUGUGCAGAGCCCUAACUACCCCCAGCCUUACAGUAACAACGCCCACUGCCGCUGGAUAGUCUACGCCCCAAAGGGCCAUGUCGUCAAGCUCUGCUUUGCCGACUUUGACUUGGAGCAGUCCGAGAGCUGCGAAUAUGACUCGCUGUCCGUGUUCGGAGACUUUGAAGCAAGAGACGAAAUUGUGGUUGCGUGUGGCCACAGCCUGCCCCCACCGGUGCUGAGUUACAGCAGAGUGAUGGUUGUGCAGUUUGGCGCUGAUGGCAGCGUCUCCGCCCGGGGUUUCAACGCCACUCUCUCAUUCAUCAGUGAGAAAGAUCUCCAUGACGAUCAGCAUGCGGUCCCGGAGGUGGAUGGAGAUGGCGAAAGUGGAGUUCUCGCUCUGUGGUCAGAGAAAGCUCCGCGUGGAAUGCCUCGCGACCUCGCUGCACCCGCGCCGGAGCGCCGGGAGAGGGGAAAGGGAGCCUGGUCCUGGCAGGUGGGCCCAACCCUGGGCACGGGUGGUUACUGCAGCGGGGCGCUUGUCCAGCCCGACUGGAUCCUCACUCCCGCCCACUGCGUCUACCGGCUGGUGGAGCACCUCAGACUGCUGAUGGUGAAGGCCGAUAAGGGAGAGGAGAGGCAGAGUGGCGUGGUGAGGCAGGUUCUCCGGCACCCUCGGUACGACCCCAUCACUCAGAGCUAUGACCUGGCUUUGCUUCAGCUCGCUGCCCCGCUGGCCCGGCACACUCGACCCGUUCGUCUUCCUCUGGCUGGACAGGAAGUCCUCUCCUACGUCUACUGCUGGACGGCUGUCCAGAGUGGUCAAACAGGGCAGCGACUGGUUGCAGUCUCCAUGCUGGAGCACACAGAGUGUGUACAGCACCACCCAAAGGCACUGAACUCCCACAUGCUGUGUGUCUGGCAUGAGACAGAACAUGCCAACAGUGACACUUGCAUGGAGGACACAGGCGGACCUCUGGUCUGCCAAGCAAACGAUUCCAGUUUGGUUCUGAUGGGUCUGAGUAGCAGGGGGGACAUCUGUCAGAAGCCUGGGCUGUACACCUCCAUACCUGCGCUUGCUGACUGGAUCUCUUUACAACUACGCGGUAACUGGUCUAUCUCAGAGGAGGACGUGGUAGAUGAAGACUGACAAUUUACCACCCCAACACGAACCCUGCUUAGAGAUAAGGCAUGGGUGUAAUUAUACUGCCACAGUUACAGCCAGCAUGCCUUUGCUUAAUCUGAGAUUUCUUUAAAAAUCUGCAUUCAUGCAAAUAGAGCUGUAAAAUGUAUUUAGUAAUUAUGAUAUGUAUAUAUCUUUUUCCAUACGUUUGAUUACACAUUUUCAGAACAAUAAAAUAAACCCUAAUCUUACAUUGUUGCAUGUUGUAUACCACAAACAUGAUUUAGCAUAAAUAA